UCAUCAUCAUCAUAUUCUUCAUCUUCCGGUUUCUUCUUCAGUAAACCCGCUAUCUCGUUACCGAAAAUAGUUGAAGUGCUGAUUUUUCCAUCAAACGUUUCCAGAUUCGCCAGAGGUGUGCACGGACAUCAAGCGAUCGUUUCUUUCUUGCCGCUAGUGACUACGGUAGAUCAUGGAGCUCUUCCAUGGUCGACACUAAACAACGCCAUUUGCUGCUAACUCAGCAUCAGUGAGCCGCGCGCAUGCGCCAGGCAGGGGCGUUGUCCAAUGCGCUUGCGAGCGUAUUACC